UUGUGAUAAUAGCCAGCCGCAGAGCAUCUUUCGGGUCCGUCCUCUUAGGUCUAGUGCUUUCCAACGCACAGGGACACUAAGCUAUAUCAAUCUUAUCAACACCGUGUCUUUAAUCCUGUACGUACAUACUCCUAAACUUGUGUGGAGGGAAUGAUCCUGAAGUCAAGACUGUCCGCCCUGAAGUGGUGUAUACAUAAGCCAGCGCGGAGAAUGUUCCGGAAGUGGUUCAUCAGGCGCGACAUGCCGUGGCUGUGUGAACUGUGGGAGUUAUGGGACGAGGAGCUAGAGCGCGGCGAAGUAGACUAUAAGUAUAAGGCCGUGUACAUGUCGGUGAACGAGGCCACAUCCCCGAGGUACGGUAUAGGCGGCCCAUUCAGGCGUAUAUGGGGCAUAUGUGAUCAGAUGGCGCCUCACUACCACGGCCAAAUCCCAAAAGUACGGACACUGGAUACGCCCAAGUCAACCAUGCUCCGGUCCACCGUCUGUAGACACAUCCUCUCCCUCACAGACGAACAAGUACCAGACAGCUCCGAUUCACUGCAAAGGACCCUGUUCUUCUACUCACAAGAAGGGCCCGAACAUAGGCCGGUCAUCCUAGAGCUCGUCUCCCUGUAUAUCGAUCCGACUGGGACGACCUAGCAUGGUGUCGCAGUGGAGUUCAUCAACCCUGAGUGGACGAAGUACGUUAGGGUGAGGAGGAAGGGUUGGCGAAGAUUUGAAGCCUUGGACCUGGCCCGGUUUUGGCCUUUCAUUCCGCGCUAUGUA